AUGGAAGAAGACCACAAUCAGGAUGAUGAGUUCUCUGACGAGGAGGAGGAUGAUGAAAUGUCAGGGGAAGAGCUCCCCGAUGAUAGCCCGGAUGAUGACAUGACGCUGAUACAGUAUCAAACCGAAGCUCGCCGUGAGGCCCUUGUUCAAAAAGAAACCAGAGCCAACGCUGAUCGUCUUGCUCGAUUUUGCAGGAAAGUUUCCAAGCACUGGGAUUGGGCUGCUAUCCUUUCCGAUGGCUUCUCUGGCGGCAUCAUCGUCCUUUGGCAUAAGUCCGUCGGAGUCGUCACGCCUGUCUCUGUGUCUAAGCGUGCUCUUCAUAUCAUUAUUACCAAUAAUUCCUCUAAAACCUUUCUUAUUUCGGUUAUUUAUAACUCCUCGCGUUUUCGUAAACAAUGUUUUCUUUGGAAUGAACUCUCUAAACUUUCCGCUCUUCAUAUCCCCUGGCUCAUCCUGGGGGGUUUCAACUCUAUUCUCCACAGGUUCGAGCACAAGGGCGGUACAUUUGCUUACUAUGAUAGAAAAGCGAGAUUUUUUAGAAACUUCAUUGAGUUCAAUAAUCUGAUUGAUCUUAAUUACUCUGGUCCUCAUUUUACUUGGUAUAAUAAUCAGUUGGGCUUAGCUCGCUGUUGGGCCAGACUUGACAGAUGCUUAUUUAAUCUUGACUGGGCAAAUUCUUUUAACUUUAAUUCUCUGAAGCAUCUUGCCCGGUCUUUCUCUGAUCACUCGCCGCUCUUUCUCUCUUCUGCCCCGUUCUCCUAUCACACUACUAGAAUUUUUCGCUUCGAUAUUAACUGGUUGGAUUUUAUAGGUUGCCACGAUGCCAUUCAUGACGCCUGGAAUUGUCACCCUCAUGGGAAUCCUUUGCAGGCCUUCUCGCAUCUUCUUUCUCGUGCUUGCUAUAAUCUCUCCAACUGGCAUAGAUCGGGUAUCAAUUCGCUGGAGGCUGAUUUGGCGUCUAGUGAGAUCACCAUUAGCAACCUUGAAAAGUCUGAUUUCAACUCUAUUUCCCAAUCUUUUCUUAUGGAUCAGUAUGCCAAUCUUGCCUCCUUGCAGCGUCAGUGCAGUAUUAAAUGGGCCCAGCGGGCCCGUAUGUUAUGGAUCAAGGAUGGUGACAGGAAUACCAGUUUUUUUCAUGCUACUACUCGUAUCCGUGCUCACUCUAAUUUCAUCUCGAAGGUUGUGGACUCUAAUGGUGUUUGUUGUCAGGAUCAUACUAGUAUCGAGAGAGCCUUUCUUAAUUUUUACAUGGACCUCUGGUCGGCCCCUUCUGUUGAGAGCGACAACUUACUUAAUCUUCUUCCGACCAAUCUUCCUCGACUUAAUGAUUCAGUCGCUAGCUCUAUCGUCCGGGAGGUUACCAAAGAGGAAGUAUUUCAAACUCUUUUAGACCUUCCCACUGGUAAGUCUCCUGGCCCUGAUGGCUUUUGCACUGAGUUUUACCACAGUUUUUGGCCUAUUAUCGGAGAUCAUCUCUUCUUGGCUGUUCGUUGCUUUUUCGAAAGGGCUAUUAUUCCCUCUUCUUGGGGUAAAACCUUCAUCACUCUCAUCCCCAAAAAAGACCAUCCUCAUAGUGUUUCUGAUUUUAGACCCAUCUCUCUUUGUAAUGUUAAUUUCAAAAUCAUUUCCAAACUUUUGGCUAAUCGAAUGCAGCUUGUUCUCCCUAGCUUGAUCGGUCGAGAGCAGGCUGGCUUUGUUACCAAUCGUUGCUCUUUCGAUAAUAUUAUAGCAGUGCAAGAGAUAGUUCACACCUUAGAAACUGAUACCAAAAACCCCCCAAGGAUGCUAAUAAAACUGGACAUUGAAAAAACUUAUGACACAGUUAAUUGGAAUGCAAUUCUUGCUGUUUUUGACCACAUGAAUUUUCCUCCUCUCUGGAUUUCUUGGAUUUCUACUUGUCUUCGCUCUUGUUCCUUUUCUCUCUUAAUUAACGGCAACUCCUCACCCUGGUUCCCCUCGUCCAGGGGUGUUCGUCAGGGAGAUCCUAUUUCUUCUUAUCUGUUCAUUUUGGUUUCACAGAUUCUCACCGCCUUUCUUAACCAAGGAUUGAAAGCUGCCAGGAAUAUCAACCAUUGUCUUGAGGUUUAUCGUCACAUUACCGGGCAACGCCCCAAUCUCCUUAAAUCUCAAAUUUUCUUCCCAACUUGGUGCAACAAACAUGUCUCCUCCCGCAUCUGCUCUAUUCUUAAUCUUACUCAAGCUUCCUUUCCAUUUAAGUAUCUUGGUAUUUUAAUUUCACACAAACGUUUGGCUGCCUCCUCCUUCAAUCCCAUGGUUGUUAAAAUCCGACACCUUUGCUCCAGAUGGAGCAAUUAUAAUCUUUCUCAAGCAGCUAAAACCACUUUAAUUAACUCCACUCUUUUCUCUAUCCCCACCUACACCUUAUCAGUCUACCCCAUUCCUGAUUCCAUUAUCUCUGAAAUUACCAGAAUCGUGAGAAAAUUUUUUUGGUGUAGAAACAGCAAUGGAAAGGGCAUUCAUAACUUGAAUUGGAAAAUUGUCAAUGAAGAUAAGGCUGAGGGGGGUAUUGGUAUUAGGAAUCUUUCUCUUGCUAAAUACUCUCUGAUGGCUAAACACUUUUUUAAUUAUCUUAACAACGGAGAUGCUAUUUGGGUGGAUAUCCUGCGUUCUAAAUAUGGCGAUUUUAAUUUUUGGAAGAGCAAGGCCCCUACCAAAUGUUCCUGGUUUUUUCGUUAUCUUACUAGGAUUGCUGGCCGUCUCAAACCUAAUUGCCGUAUCAAUUCAGUUAAUCCGGCCAGAACCUCAUUCUUAUGGGAUCCUUGGUGCUUUGAUAUCCCCAUUGCUCUCAAGCCCACCUUCAUUAAUAUGGAUGUUGAUGUUGAUUUACUUACUGUUUCUGAUGUUAUCCUUGGGGAUAGAUGGAAUGAGACUCAUUUGCAUCAUGUUUUUGGUCAUUAUUUUGAUGCUCAGGCUCUUUCCUCUAGCAGUAUCAAUCCCAACACCUGCAAUCAUUGGGUUUGGAAUCCUAACACUAAGCAUCAUAAAAUUGCCGCCACUGUUUACAACCAUUUGAAUCACAACCUUAAUCAAUCUGAGUUUUGGUAUGGUUGGCAACUCCUUUGGAAAUUGAAUAUUUCCCCCCGUGCUAAGCAUUUCCUUUGGAUGUUGUUUCAUGGCCGUCUCUCUACUUCUAAUUUUUUAUCUCAACUGAGGCUGGGCCCUGAUAAUCCUUGUGCUUUGUGUGGUUUAUUUCCUGAAAUGAUUGAUCAUCUAUUCUGCCAUUGUAAUAUUGCUAAGCAGGUUUGGAAUUAUCUUAGUAUGAAGAUCAACACUCAUAUACAUUUUCCUAUUGGCUUUUCUGUGGGUCUCUGGCUCACUGAAAGACAUUUUACUAACCAUUGCAAAUCUGUCAUUGCCGCAUCAGCUUGGCUAAUUUGGAAAUCCCGUUGUGAUGUUAUUUUUCGUGAUGCUCAUCUAAAUAUUCCUGUCAUUGUUUGUAGAGCCCUUUCUCAUGUUCAGGAACACAUCGCUGGUCGCAGGUGCUUGGCCGGACAAAAGCUUAUCAUGCACAACUUCUCCUGCGCUGAUGAGCUUUUUUUAUUCUCCCAUUCCAGCUCCAUUCCGGGAUCUUCGGUAAGUUCUGCAGGAUUUUUUCUUUCAAACUCUAACUAUGUUGUUAACUUUGCAGGUUGUUGUUCUAUUGUCAAAUCGGAUUCGGUCUUGGAUGAGAUCUAUGCGUUUGCUGUCGCGCUCCAAUCGGUCAUGGAUAACCAUCUCACUAUCAAGCAUAUCUUCGUCAACACAUAUGAAACUCUAAACAUACUCAGCCAUCAGAUUGCUCACAUUCGAUCACUCCUUGACGAUCUGGAUUCUCCCACCAUUCAUUGUAUUUCCAAAUCCUGGAUGCUCCCUGCCGUCAACCUUGCUACUCAUGGUGUCAACUCUUCUGAUAUUAAUCUCUUCCUUUUUGGGCGCGAUCUCCCCCGUUGGAUAAUGUUGUCCUUCUCUAACUCUGGGUUUCAGUUCUAA